CAGAGGAAGCAAUCGGAUAAAUCAGAUAUGCAUUUGUCUCAGUUGGAAAAUGGUUGUGUUUCUCAAAUUGUAAAUACAAAAGUCUUCCAACUCUACCGUUCUGGAUUAUUCAUGACAUUUCACGUUGCUGUAAUUGUUACAGAAUUUGGAACAGGUGUACAGAUCGGUGAGAAGACUUCAGUUUUUAUCACUCAAUUGCUGGGAACUGUAAACUUUGAGAACAUGGAUACUUUCUACAGAAGAGGGAUUUCUUAUUUUGGAACUCUUAAAUUUUCGGGUCCCGAUAAUGUACCUAUGGUGAACAAGUUGUUGCAACUGGAACUGAAUGAUGAAUUUAUAGGAAAUUACACUACAGAUGAGAAUGGCGAAGCUCAAUUUUCCAUUGACACUUCAGACAUGUUUGACCCAGAGUUCAACCUAAAAGCCACAUAUGUUCGACCUAAGAGCUGCUAUCUUCCCAGCUGGUUGACGCCUCAGUACUCGGAUGCCAGCUUCUUAGUCUCACGCUUUUACUCCCGAACCAACAGCUUCCUGAAGAUUGUUCCUGAACCAAAGCAGCUUGAAUGUAAUCAGCAGAAGGUUGUUACUGUGCUUUACUCCCUAAACAGUGAAGCAUAUGAGGAUGAUUCCAAUGUAAAGUUCUUCUAUUUGAUGAUGGUAAAAGGAGCUAUCUUACUCAGUGGACAAAAGGAAAUCAGAAACAAAGCCUGGAAUGGAAACUUCUCAUUCGCAAUCAACGUCAGUGCUGAUCUGGCUCCUGUGGCUGUCCUGUUUGUCUACACCCUUCACCCCAGUGGGGAAAUUGUGGCUGACAGUGUCAGAUUCCAGACUGACAAGUGCUUUAAACACAAGGUUAACAUAAAGUUCUCUAAAGAGCAGGGCCUACCUGGCUCCAAUGCUAGCCUCCAUCUUCAAGCGGCCCCUGACUCAUUCUGUGCCCUCCGGGCUGUGGAUAGGAGUGUCCUUCUACUGAAAUCGGAACAACAGCUGUCAGCUGAAAGUGUGUAUAACAUGGUUCCAAGUAUAGAGCUGUAUGGUUAUUUCUACCGUGGCCUCCAUCUUGACGAUGGCAAGGAAAACCCUUGCAUUCCUCAGAGAGAUAUGUUCUACAAUGGUUUAUAUUACACGCCUGUAAGCAACUAUGGGGAUGGAGACGUCUAUAAUAUUGUCAUGAACAUGGGUCUGAAAGUCUUUACCAAUCUCCAUUACCGAAAACCAGAAGUAUGUGUGAUGGAGAGAGGGCGUUCACUCUCUAAGCCGCUUUAUGUAGGAACAGAAAAUUAUGGUCUGAUGCUUAGCGCUCCAUCUAGAAUUGCAUUUGGUGAAAUCAGAGAGGAGAAUGCUGACUAUGUAGAACAGGCUAUAAUUCAAACAGUAAGAACAAACUUCCCAGAGACAUGGAUAUGGGACCUUGUCAGUGUCGAUUCCUCAGGCUCUGCCAAUCUUUCAUUCCUCAUUCCUGAUACGAUAACCCAAUGGGAGGCAAGUGGCUUUUGUGUGAAUGGCGACGUUGGAUUUGGUGUUUCCUCUACGACCACUCUAGAAGUCUCCCAACCUUUCUUUAUUGAAAUUGCCUCACCCUUUUCGGUUGCUCAAAAUGAACAAUUUGAUUUGAUUGUCAAUGUCUUCAACUACCUGGAUACAUGUGUGGAGAUUUCUGUUCAAGUGGAGGAGUCUCAAAAUUAUGAAGCAAAUAUUAACACCCUGAAAAUCAAUGGCAGUGAGAUUAUCCAAACUGGAGGGAGGAAAACAAAUGUCUGGACUAUUAUACCUAAGAAAUUGGGUAAAGUGAAUAUCACUGUAGUUGCUGAGUCCAAGCAAAGCAGUGCUUGUCCAAAUGAAGGAAUGGAGCAGCAAAAGCUAAACUGGAAAGACACUGUGGUCAAAAGCUUCUUGGUAGAGCCUGAAGGUAUUGAAAAGGAAAGGACCCAGAGUUUCCUUAUCUGUACAGAAGGUGCCAAAGCCUCCGAGCAGGGAGUUUUGGACUUGCCAAACGAUGUAGCAGAAGGUCCAGCCAGAGGCUUUUUCACUGUUGUGGGAGAUAUUCUAGGACUUGCCAUGCAGAAUCUGGUUGUUCUGCAAACGCCCUAUGGAAGUGGAGAGCAGAAUGCUGCCCUGCUGGCAUCUGAUACUUACGUUCUUGACUAUCUGAAAUCUACUGAGCAACUGACAGAGGAAGUUCAAUCUAAGGCUUUCUUUCUCUUGUCUAACGGUUAUCAAAGGCAGUUAUCUUUCAAGAACUCUGAUGGUUCAUAUAGUGUGUUUUGGCAGCAGAAUCAGAAAGGAAGCAUAUGGCUCAGUGCUCUUACUUUUAAGACAUUGGAGAGAAUGAAAAAUUAUGUAUUCAUUGAUGAAAAUGUUCAGAAACAGACCUUAAUCUGGCUUUCAAGCCAGCAGAAAACGAACGGCUGCUUUAAGAAUGAUGGCCAGCUUUUCAACCAUGCCUGGGAGGGUGGAGAUGAAGAGGACAUUUCACUCACUGCACAUGUUGUUGGGAUGUUCUUUGAAGCUGGGCUCAAUUUCACUUUUCCUGCUCUACGAAGCGCACUCUUUUGCCUUGAAGAGGCAUUGGACAGUGGUGUCACUAAUGGCUACAAUCAUGCAAUUCUAGCUUACACUUUUGCCUUAGCUGGAGAAGAGCAGAAAGUGGAAUCUUUACUCCAGACCUUGGAUCAAUCUGCCACAAAAAUAAAUAAUGUCAUCUACUGGGAAAGAGAAGGGAAACCCAAGACAGAAGAAUUUCCAUCCUUUAUUCCCUGGGCACCUUCUGCUGAGACUGAGAAGACUUGCUAUGUGCUGUUGGCUGUCAUUUCCCGGAAGAUUCCUGACCUCACCUACGCCAGUAAGAUUGUGCAGUGGCUUGCCCAACAGAUGAAUUCCCAUGGAGGCUUUUCUUCUACCCAGGCAACUCCAGUUUGUCUUCUUGCCAUAACCCGUUACAUGAAGUUAACCUUCUCUAAGAAUCAAAACACUGUUACCUUUAGCAGUGAAGGAUCCAGUGAGACUUUCCAGGUUAACAGUGAUAACCGCCUACUGGUCCAACGUUCAGAACUAACAAAGGCACCUGGAGAAUACACAGUAGAUGUGGAAGGACACGGUUGUACAUUUAUCCAGGCAACGCUUAAGUACAAUGUUCUCCUACCUAAGAAGGCAUUUGGAUUUUCUCUUUCCUUGGAAAUAGCAAAGAACUCUUCGGAUAUCUUCCAGACUAUUUUUGACCUCACAGUGACCCUCAAAUAUACUGGAAUUCACAAUAAAUCCAGUAUUGUGGUUACAGAUGUAAAAAUGCUAUCAGGAUUUACUCCAGCCAUGUCUUCCAUUGAAGAGCUUGAAAACAAGGGCCAAGUGAUGAAGACUGAAGUCAAGAAUGGCCAUGUUCUUUUCUAUUUGGAAAAUGUUUUUGGUACAGCCUACAGUUUCACUUUUUCUGUUGAGCAGAGCAACCUUGUGUUCAACAUUCAGCCAGCCCCGGUCAUGGUCUACGAUUAUUAUGAAAAAGAAGAAUAUGCCCUCGCUUUUUACAACAUCGACAGUAGUUCAGUUUCCGAGUGAGACAAAGCAAUUACUGGAAGAGGUGGAAAAGCAUUUCUUUCAACAAACCGAUUCUUCUGUAUCAAACCUGGAAAAAUUUCAUGAACCAUCUGGCAUCCUGAACAGUCUGCAAUCUGCUCUGGCUUCUUAUCAGGUUUUAUUUCCUUAUCAUCCCAUUAAAUGUUGUCAUUUUGCAA